UACUCAAGAGGAUUCAGAAUCUGAAAACCCUUCAAAUUUCCCAACUCCCCAACAAUUAAAAAAUAAACACCUCAAUCCCAUAACAAUACCUGAUCACUCAGUUGGAAAUACUCCUGAAGAAGACAUGCUCUAUGGCUCUCAUCAUUAGAAAGCUGUUCCAAUGCCGAAGCUUUCCAAGAACGGUGUUGGAGGACACAGCCUUUGUAGCUGCCAAUUCGGAGCGGAUAGAGUCGCCACCAUUGGCAUAUACUUCACUGAAAGAUCUGCUGCCGCGGCAGCCGCCACCACGGGGUUUGAGCAUGCAAUCUGUUCAUGAGAUUCCUAUUAGCAAUUUUCUUGUUCAGAGGGCUGCCUGGGCAUAUUUGCAGCCAACACCAGUAUCGGGAACAUCAUCGAGCUGCGGCUAUCGAUGCAUUUUUUCCCGUGUUUGGGAGGAGUUAAGGCCUCCGGUGAAUGCUUGUAUUAGAUUCUUCAACAGGAACGUUAUGACGGCAAUAACACAGGCUUUGGAUAGGGUGGUCGGAGUUAUUCAUGAUGUGGGAGGUGGAGGACAUGAUCAUGCAGAUAUGUACUGAUCAGAAUGUUCUAACUAGCAUGCAUUUAUGAGACAUUUUCUAGCUAGCAUGCAUGCAUGCAAUACAGCUUAUUUGUUCUUGAUUGUGGCUAUCCAAUCUUUUCUUUUUCUUGAAAGCUACAUUAUCGAAUC